GUGUGUCUCCCCCAGAGUCAAUGGCUCCUCCUGCCAGUGAGACACAGAGCUGACAGCGAGGAGUACGGGGGGGAUCUUUAAGAAAAAUAUAAAUAACACCCAAAAAACAACUAUUUCAGGGCGUAUGAGGCAGGAAUUUCACGUUAGAAGAAUUGUAUGUAUUGGUUUGUUAGUAAAAAUAGUUCUGGAAAAUCAGAGGGAAGGGUAAAAAUUGUUUUCUUAGAGAUAAUAAACUCGCCAAAUGAACUCCGUCAGAGCAGCCAACAGAAGACCCAGGCGAGUGUCGAGGCCGCGCCCGGUACAACCAGAGAGAAACAACGGAGAAAGAGAUGAGGAAGUUCCAGCAGAUAUGGUUGCAGAAGAAUCUGGUCCUGGUGCACAGAAUAGUCCUUACCAACUCCGCAGAAAGUCUCUCUUACCAAAACGAUCGGCUUGCCCCACAAAGAACAACAUGGAGGGUGCUUCCACGUCUACUACAGAAAACUUUGGCCAUCGAGCCAAACGUGCUAGAGUAUCCGGCAAGUCACAAGACCUCCCAGCCGCACCAGCAGAGCAGUAUCUACAAGAGAAGCUACCAGAUGAGGUGGUUUUGAAAAUAUUCUCCUACCUGCUGGAACAGGAUCUCUGUCGAGCAGCAUGUGUGUGUAAACGCUUCAUUGAGUUAGCUAAUGAUCCCAUUUUGUGGAAAAGGUUAUACAUGGAAUUGUUUGAAUAUACACGUCCAAUGAUGCACCCAGAACCUGGUAAAUUUCAUCAGAUUAACCCUGAGGAAUAUGAACAGCCAAACCCCUGGAAAGAGAGCUUUCAACAAUUGUAUAAAGGAGCACAUGUAAAGCCAGGGUUUGCAGAACACUUUUACAGUAACCCUGCCAGAUAUAAAGGAAGAAAAAAUAUGCUUUAUUAUGAUACCAUUGAAGAUGCAUUAGGAGGUGUCCAGGAAGCUCAUUUUGAUGGACUGAUAUUUGUUCACUCGGGUAUCUACACUGAUGAGUGGAUUUACAUUGAAUCACCUAUCACAAUGAUCGGUGCAGCACCUGGAAAAGUAGCAGACAAAGUUAUUAUUGAAAACACUAGAGAUUCCACAUUUGUCUUUAUGGAGGGAUCUGAGGAUGCUUUUGUUGGUUACAUGACAAUUAGGUUCAACCCCGAUGACAAAUCAGCCCAGCAUCACAAUGCACACCACUGCCUGGAGAUCACAGUAAACUGCAGCCCAGUAAUAGAUCACUGUAUCAUCCGCAGCACCUGCACAGUGAAACUUUCUUAUGUUCUUGCAGUGGGCUCAGCAGUUUGUGUUAGUGGCCAAGGAGCUUGUCCUACUAUCAAACACUGUAACAUCAGUGACUGUGAAAAUGUUGGAUUAUACAUAACAGAUCAUGCACAGGGCAUAUAUGAAGAUAAUGAAAUCUCCAAUAACGCUUUAGCUGGAAUCUGGGUAAAAAACCACGGCAAUCCGAUCAUCCGAAGGAAUCACAUUCACCACGGGCGGGAUGUUGGUGUUUUUACGUUCGAUCAUGGCAUGGGUUACUUCGAAAGCUGCAACAUACACAGAAACCGAAUUGCCGGUUUCGAGGUGAAAGCCUACGCAAAUCCUACUGUAGUCAGGUGUGAAAUUCACCAUGGGCAGACUGGAGGGAUCUAUGUCCAUGAAAAAGGAAGAGGACAGUUCAUAGAGAACAAAAUCUAUGCAAACAACUUUGCAGGUGUAUGGAUAACUUCGAACAGCGAUCCCACAAUUAGGGGCAAUGCCAUUUUUAAUGGCAAUCAAGGUGGAGUUUACAUAUUUGGAGAUGGAAGAGGCCUUAUAGAAGGAAAUGACAUCUAUGGCAAUGCGUUAGCAGGCAUACAAAUCAGAACAAACAGUUGCCCUAUUGUUCGACACAACAAAAUUCAUGAUGGGCAGCAUGGAGGCAUUUAUGUGCAUGAAAAGGGACAAGGUGUAAUUGAAGAGAAUGAGGUGUACAGUAAUACUCUGGCAGGUGUAUGGGUUACAACGGGGAGUACUCCAGUGUUACGGAGAAACAGAAUACACAGUGGAAAACAGGUGGGAGUUUACUUCUAUGAUAAUGGACAUGGAGUGCUGGAAGAUAAUGAUAUCUACAACCACAUGUACUCAGGGGUCCAAAUCAGAACUGGAAGCAACCCCAAGAUCAGACGGAAUAAAAUCUGGGGAGGGCAGAAUGGUGGAAUUCUAGUUUACAACUCUGGUUUAGGAUUUAUAGAAGAUAAUGAGAUCUUUGACAAUGCAAUGGCAGGGGUUUGGAUUAAAACUGACAGUAAUCCCACUCUUAGAAGAAACAAAAUUCAUGAUGGGAGAGAUGGAGGCAUCUGUAUAUUUAAUGGAGGCAGAGGACUUCUUGAAGAGAAUGAUAUCUUCCGAAACGCACAGGCUGGUGUCCUGAUUAGCACCAAUAGCCAUCCUGUGUUGCGCAAGAACAGAAUAUUUGAUGGCUUUGCAGCAGGUAUUGAAAUUACAAAUCAUGCCACAGCAACACUAGAAGGCAAUCAGAUUUUCAACAACCGGUUUGGAGGGUUAUUUCUAGCAUCCGGUGUAAAUGUUACAAUGAAAGAUAACAAAAUAAUGAACAAUCAGGAUGCCAUUGAAAAAGCUGUAAGUAGAGGUCAGUGCCUGUACAAGAUUUCAAGUUACACCAGCUAUCCAAUGCAUGAUUUUUACAGGUGUCACACCUGUAACACAACAGACCGCAAUGCAAUUUGUGUGAACUGCAUUAAGAAGUGCCAUCAAGGGCACGAUGUAGAGUUUAUUAGACAUGAUAGGUUUUUCUGUGACUGUGGUGCUGGAACACUUUCUAACCCUUGCACGUUGGCUGGAGAACCUACCCAUGAUACAGAUACUCUGUAUGACUCUGCUCCACCUAUAGAAUCCAAUACAUUGCAGCACAACUGAACUCAAAUUGAGAGCUUCUGGCAUUUUAGUUAGCAACUCCAUAUUUAAAGUUAAAUUCCUUGUGGAGGGGAAAACAGACAAUACAGCUGCCCAGUUCUGAAGGAAGAUUGCAUUAAAAGUUUCGGUAUCUGUGGACUUGACAACUGUUGCAGCUUUGGAGCAUUGAUAUUAACACCCCCCACCCCUGUAUGUAUUCAAGAAGAAAGUAAAUGAAAGCAAGCAAUAUGUUGACUCAGGAUUAAAGUAAGAACUGGGCACGCUAGCAUUACUGUGUAAAAACAUUAAGACUUUCUGAAGGGGCAGAUGUGGAAAAGUUACGCAGCAGUUUUGUACAGAUCCAACUUGAGCUGGUGUUUUUACAAGCAGCGUCAGGCCAUUCCCCACCCACCGGCAGUACCAUUCUGUAGACACGCAGUGCUAUACAUAUUCUGCUGCGUUGAUGGAUAUAUGGGUACCCAGUGCAUUGGUAUAUAUAUGUAUGGUAAAAUGUGAUCUAGCACUUCUGCUUUUUUUAUUUUUAACAUGUAUUGAGAAAUAUAAUUUUAAUGCUUUCUCCAUGUAGUAUUUUCAAGCAAAAAUCUUACUGCACUUGAAUUUUUUUUUUUUAGCACACCCAAGACUUGCUGUAACUGUACUCAUAUCCCAGUAUCUAAGUUCUUUCUAUGAAAGAGGGAAAAAAAAUAACACUAAUGUUACCUCCAGCAAUGUUCCUGGUUUUAAUAAGAAUGUGUUUAAAAAAAGUGUUUUCAUGAGACAGGUUUGUAAAGAUUUAGGAUUUCAGUACUAAUUUGUUUAUAUGUAGUGUUUUUAUUUAUAUAGACCAGUUUCUCUUUUGCAGCAAACAUAAGGUUUUAAUUACCCUUUCUAUAUUCAAUUUAAAGAAAUCUGCUAUGAUAUGUAAUGCCCAAGGAAUACUUCACAUUUGUUAUUUAAAAAGAAAAUCAUGUAAUUUGCCCCUUUUGAAACAUUUAAUUUGGAUGGGAACAAACACUGUCUCAUGGAAGCACUCCUGCACACACUCUGUUCUUGGUGUUUGCUACAAAGUGUAAUUUUGCUGGAGAUUAUAAAGUGAUAUGCUUCGUGCUAUAUUGAAGCUGAGACAAGUAUAUAUACACAGCCCUAUACAACUUCAUUGCUUUUUUUUUUCUUCUUCAUAUUCAUUGUGUAUUGGUGACAGUGAGUUAUCAAAACAGCCUGAAAGUAUGCAUGUACCAUAACAUCUAGACUUAAUAUAUUGUGGAGUAUUCAAUAACCAUUAUGUAGAGGCUAGUAUGAAUUAAAGGGUUUAAUUUCCUAGAAAAAAAUGGAAACUGGUCAUUUUUAAGAAAUAAACUUUAUUCGAUCAUUA